AUGGAAGAAUUGGCUCUGAUCACUCACGCCGAUGCCAAUGCCGAACGGUUCUCGUCCAAGAUACUUCUUUGUAAUUAUCUCAGUGAGCUCUUCCCAAACCGUUCUACCGAGGCGAUAAAACGACGCCUGCAGCGCCUAGGAUGGCAAGAUAUGCUUCCAUCUUCAUCCUCAUGUCUCUCGUCGUCAACAGAACAGUCUUCAAUGAGUCCCAGCACCACCACCACUUCAGAGUCGCGUAGCAGACCUAAUACAAGAUUCUGGCUGCCUCGAGAAGACGCUCGACUUACUCUCACAGCCUCUUGCCUCGACUCUCAACUGCUACGUCCCUUUCAAUUCUACGCAGCGUUGCAUGAAGUCCUCCAAAAUCGUUCAAGAGACGCCAUCAGUAGACGACUGACCACACUUGGAUGGUCACGAAUGUAUGAACCAAAUCUUCCGGUUAUCGUCCUAGAUCCCUCCCUUGCAAACUCCUUGUCUGUCCAAGUUAACAACGAGGCUCCAGAGCAGCUUGCAAACCAACAGCCCUCACCUUCAUCCCUCCUCUUGUCUUCUGAUUCGGAAUUGCCUUCAAAUUCCCCAUCUUCUAACCAUCCUCGUGCUUUACUUUCACAAAACUUAUCAAUGUUCUCUGAGGAGGAAAUUAUAGACGCCUCCUCAGUGAAUAUUGAUAAGUUUUGUGAAAGUAAAGCACGAGGAUGGUUAGAAGAUGGGGAAUUUGAAGGCAAUUCCGAAUCAGAAGACAAGAGGAGGGAUGAAGGUGAGGGCUGUUGGUUUGCAAGCUGCUCUGGAGCCUCGUUGUUAACUUGGACAGACAAGGAGUUUGCAAGGGAGGGAUCUAGGACGAUAACCGGAAGAUUUGGUUCAUACAUUCGUGACCAUCCAAGUGUGGUCAGUCGUCUACUGAUGGCGUCUCUUGAACGAUUUUGGAGGACUUCAUGCAACGCUGCGUAG